CAUGUCGGAAGAGUCGGUCUCUCGUGCUCUUGAGCUGUAUGCCAUCCCGGUAACACUGGGUGUUGGUGUUCUCUCAAAUAUAUUCGUUAUGAUGGUGAUGAGAAGAUUCUGCUCUAUCCUAUCAACGUGUCUCUAUCUCACAUUGGCGGGAGCGGUUGAUGCUUUAGUCCUUUGCAUUUUGGCAGGUAACGCUUGGAUAGAUGUCCUUCAUGGAACAGACAUUCGCCACGAAGCUCAACAUCAUACAAAUAGUCUGUGCAAAAUGUACCCGUUCGUUGAAAAUGUUCUAGUUCAUCUCUCUGUGUGGCUCCUAUCGGCUGCUUGCAUCGAAACUGCAGCGGUAACGCUUAAACCAAGUCAAUUAGCUCGAAUUUGCACAAAAGAAAGGGCGAGAGCUGCAACCUUGCUGCUGUUUGUCCUUCUUGUUUGCGUAAACGCUCACUCUUUCUGGACUUACGCUUUAGUCAGACAAGAGAAAUCUGGAGGAGAAUCGUAUAUGACUUGCAGCAACGUUAAACAGGGAAACAUAGACUCGGAGGAGUUCAGAAGGAUAGCGUGGCCAGUAAUUGAUUUCGUAAUAGCUGAUCUCGCUCCUUAUUUCGUCUUAUUCUCGGCUUCUGUAAUUGUAGUAACUCGUAGAAUACGACGCUCCGACACGCUCAGACAUUCGGCUCAAUUAUGGAAGUUACAUACAUUAGACGCCUCAACCGCAAAGCAACUUCAUACUGCUAUUAUUGCUUUGGCUAUCUGCCACUUACUGCUGGUUUUACCAAAAUUAUCCUAUGACAUAUUUGCUUUUCUCGAAGGCAAUCUUAAAUUGUGGAAAACUUCAGGGGAUAAUAGCAAAGUACCAAUUGAGAGUGCUUGGAAAGGGAAGAAAAAACUAGCCAAAACCGUAUCGUCGCUUUGUAUGUACUCCUUUUUAGCGCUGAAAUUUUUUGUUUAUUCCAUCUCUUCCAUACGCUUCCGAGUGGAAGUGGUCAAUGUAUUGACUUGCUGCUGUCCUAAUCGAACACCCCCGCCACCACCUCCCCCGCCAAUCUCCUCGACCGCCAAUCACCUCAGACAACCAGCCGCUGAUCCUCUUCUGACUUCCACAGAUCUUCCCAACGAUCAUCCAGCGCAGCGUUCCACUUUACAUUUUUCUAUUACGUCUGUGUAG